AUGGCUUCCGUCGGCUCCCCGCCCGCCCCCGAACUCCUAAUGGCAGUUCGUAACGAGCGCAACAAGCCCUCCGUCUUCCGGUCCCUCCUCGUCAUCCGUCUCCUCAACGCCUGGUGGGUCCUCACCUUUUUCCAACCCGACGAGUACUUUCAGGCCCUCGAACCCGCCUGGCGCAUGGCCUUUGGCGAGGGGAGCGGCGCCUGGAUCACUUGGGAAUGGAGAAACCAGCUCCGCUCCUCGCUGCAUCCCGCCCUCUUCGCCGGCGUCUACACCCUCGCAGACCUCAUAGCUCGCCCCCUCCCCUUCAUCAGGCCAUGGCUCCUGCUCGCCGCUCCAAAGGCCGCCCAAGCUGUCUUUGCCGCGGCCGGCGACUGGUACACCUGGCAGCUGGCCGUCAAGAUAUACGGCGCCGAUAGCUCCGUCUCUUGGUUCGCUCUGUUCAUGAGCAUGUUCAGUCCUUUCCAAUGGUACUGUUCGACCAGGACCUUUUCCAAUUCGUUGGAGACGACGCUCACCAUCAUGGCCCUCAACUACUGGCCCUGGGAGCUUCUCGGUGAACCCAAGACCGAAAAGGAGAACCCGAAGCCCGCAGUGUCCAUUUUACACACGCCCGGAACUCUCACAAGCCUCCGCCUAUCCCUCAUCCUCGCGGCAGUUGCAGUACUCCUCCGCCCCACAAACGUCCUCAUCUGGUCAACGAUCGUCCUCGCAACGCUCUCCCGGCCCCUCCUGUCCCGCUCCCCCUCCGUCCUCACGCCUCAAACCACCCUCCUCCUCUUCCGCGAGGCCCUCUUCUGCGGCGCUCUUGUCCUCUCCCUCUCUCUAACCUCGGACCGCCUCUACUUCGGCGAGUGGGCCUUCCCACCUUACAAGUUCCUCUACUUCAACCUCUCCCAGUCCCUCGCCGUCUUUUAUGGCCGCAACGACUGGCACUACUACCUCUCCCAGGGCCUGCCCCUCCUCUCAAUGGCCUACCUCCCCUUCGUCCUCAUAUCCCUCUAUAACCCUCCCCGGACGCCCUCCAAGAUCCGCACCAGCACCCUCAGGACCUUAUCCUGGACCGUCUAUGUGACCAUCGCCGCCCUCUCGUUCGUCUCCCACAAGGAAGUCCGCUUCAUCUACCCCCUCCUCCCCAUCCUCCACAUCCUUGCCGCCGCGCCCCUAACCAGCUUCUUCACGACCCCGGCCCCGGCCCCGACCCCAAAAUCCCCACUCCCGAAGCCAAGGCUCCGCCACAAGCGCCUCCUGACCUCCGCCCUCGCCCUCCACGCCGCAAUCUCCCUCUUCCUCACUCUCCUCCACCAGCCCGCGCCCCUGACGGUCCUCACCUUCCUCCGGACCUCUUACGCCCGUCUCCACCCCGAGAAAGCAGCCACGGCAGCCACAAUCACCUCCCUGGCGGCCUCCGGCAACUCGGCAUCAUCCUCAUCAGCAUUUGAGCAGGAAGAGCUCUUCGCCCUCUUCCUGACCCCCUGCCACUCAACCCCUUGGCGCUCUCACCUCCUCCACCCAACCCUCCGCGCCCGCGCCCUGACCUGCGAGCCACCCCUCCACACCCAGCCAAACACCCCCGAACGCCGCGACUACCGCGAUGAAGCAGACCGCUUCUACGACGACCCCCAGCUUUUCAUGUCGACCGAGCUAUGGCCUCCUUCUUCCAUGAAGAAAGCAAGCACAGCAGAGUCUGAGUCCGAGCCGCAUCCAGCACCACCAACAGCAGAAGAGAUCCCUCGCUACAUCGUCGGCUUCGAGGGUAUCGAACCCUGGCUCCUCGACUUCUUUGACGACGGCCCCAAAAGCAGCGGCCGUGCUUUCGGCGUCCGCCCGAAGCGCGUCUGGCAGGGCUGGAACGGCUUCUUCAACGAGGACUCGCGUCGCCGCGGGAAGCUUGUCGUCUGGGACACGGGGCUGUAUACUACUGUGUCUUGA